CCGCCCCGAGCCGGCGGCUGGGCACGAGUGACAGCAGCAGCAGCCACUGAGAUCCCGCAAGCGGGGCGGGGGCGGCUCCAUCCGCAGAGACGGCCGGAAGCGGCUUUGGGCACCUGCGGGCAGGGCGAGAUGGCACAGAGGUUGGCGAUCCGUCGGCUGCUGGCCGUCCCCGGCAGGGCCUUGGGCACCUCCGCGGGCCGCCCGAGCGCCUUCAACGUGCAGGACGGCGGCGACUUCCAGGAGCGGGUGGUCAACAGCGCCAAGCCCGUCGUGGUGGACUUCCACGCGCAGUGGUGCGGCCCCUGCAAGAUCCUAGGCCCCCGGUUAGAGAAGAUGGUGGCCAAGCAGGAGGGGAAGGUGGUGAUGGCCAAAGUGGACAUUGAUGAUCACACAGACCUUGCCAUUGAGUACGAGGUGUCAGCAGUGCCAACCGUGCUGGCUAUGAAGAACGGAGACGUUGUGGAUAAGUUUGUGGGGAUAAAGGACGAGGAUCAGCUGGAAGCAUUCCUCAAGAAACUCAUCGGAGCCUGAAGUAAAAGGGUGGCUGUACCUCUGCCUCCGGCUGUGUCCAUGUUGUGCAUUCCUUGCCUGGGAGAGCUGAGGGGCACGUGGGCUGCCUGCCUUGUACAGCCUGGGGUUUUCUUUUGUUUGGGUUCUUUUAGGAGGUGGACAGUGUUGUAACCCUUCCUUCCUGCUCCCCCCUUCUCUUGAGCAGCAGUAGUUGUAAAGAGUGUGGAGGAGCAGGGCUGUUUUCUCUCAAAAUUGGGCAUGUGGCUGGGAUUAGGAGCCCACCUUUAUCAGCAAAGAGAUGACAUGUAGAACUGCUGCUGAGCUAAGAGGAGGAAUGUCUCUCCUUCACCUAGCACCUGAUAGCCCAGAGCAGAGGGCAGCUGCUCCCCGCAAUAUGUGGGUGCCUAUCUGCCCUGGGUGGGUUUGUUUAAAGCUGGGAAUGCCUUUGCCUUGUCUGUGAAGCCUGUUUUUAUCCCGCUGUCCUCACGUCCCUGGGACAGGUACAAAUGCUCUGCAAGUCCUCAGGCUCCUCUCAUAAUUUUAUAAGAGAAAAUAGAAGUAUUUUAUGGAUCUCCUUUUGUAGGUCUGUAAUAAAGAGAACUUUAUUGUCACUUCUGUUUAGCUGGAGAAUAAAACUUGAUUCUCUGAAA